CUGAAGGCAAUGGCUCCUAAACAGCCAAAUACUGGCCUCUUUGUGGGUUUAAAUGAAGGUCAUAUUGUCACCAAGAAAGAUUUGGCUCCUCGACCCUCUGAUCUUAAAGGAAAAACAAGUAAAAGAGUCCACUUUGUGAGGAACUUGAUUAGGGAAGUUGCUGGAUUUGCACCAUAUGAGAAGAGGAUCAUUGAGCUUCUAAAAGUUGGCAAGGACAAGCGUGCACUGAAAGUUGCCAAAAGAAAGCUUGGAACCCACAAGAGGACAAAGAAGAAGCGCGAGGAAAUGUCUGGUGUUCUCCGCAAGAUGAGGUUUGAUGGAGCGGGAGAAAAGAAGUGA